AUGACGGCCAACGUUCAUGGACCGGAAGUGACGGUCCCCCAGCUCUUUGCGCCUGCGCUGGCCAAGGCGAACCAGUGGCUCUCAGACAUCCGAGCGCAGUGCGACCUGCACGACCUCCACCAGGCCUACACGCUCCUGCGCGCCGUGUUCUUCACCAUCAGGGACUGGUCGGGCGUGCUCGACAACAUCAGCCUCACCGAGAAGCUGCCCAUGCUGCUCCGUGGAAUCUACUACGAGGGCUGGAAGGCAGUCGAGCCCCGUGAUGAAGUGCGAACGAUCGGCGACUUCUACGACACGAUCAAGUACCACCUGGGCACCACCCCCGGGCCGCUCGCGGACAACCUGGAACUCAACACCAUCAACGCCCUUCAAGUGAUCCGGGUACACCUGCCGCAGGGAGACUUCAAGAAGGUGAUGAACGCGGUGCCGGAGGACAUGCGGAAGCUCGUCAGUCUGUCGACCCUUCCGACUGCCAGGCAGACCACCCACGCCGGAGCCUAA